UCCAACAGAACACCGGCAAUGACGCAAUACGACCAUUUCCGGCAAACGAAGUAUCCUUAGCGUCCAUCCGGGGAAUAAUAUUAAAGGGACACCGCUAUGAACAGGCGUAUAAUCUUUUUUCUUUUUUCUUUUUUUAAGCUGCUGGCUAACCAAAUAGCGUUGUCUUCUGGUUUAUUGCCUUGAUACAUUACAUUUAUUAUUAUUUAUUAAAUUACUUUAUCUUUUUUUUAACUCUUGUUUCAUGCUCCUCCCUCGCGCCUGGCCUUGAGAAGCUCCACGACGAUUGGGUAUUUUUUGUCCACAUAAAGCCGCCAGGAAUCGUAGGCGCGCCAAUUUCAACUGCAUUUCCUAGCGGACGCGUUACUGACAAGAAUUGUUUUACUUUGUUUAUUUCUUUAUUUUGGGAUCGCUCGCACUACAGUUAACAAAUGGACUGCGUGAAUUUCCCCAAAGUUCUCCCGAACUCACCGAGGAAAGCUCGAGGACAAAUUCAGGUUAUCUUUGGGCCCAUGUUUUCAGGAAAAAGCACUGAACUGAUGAGAAGAGUGCGGCGUUUUCAGAUAGCCCAGUAUGUCUGCCUGGUGAUUAAAUAUGCAAAAGACACACGCUAUUCUGACAAGGGCAUGGCUACACAUGAUAAGAACACAAUGGAAGCCGUACCUGCCAACUGUCUACGAGAUGUAAGAAACCUGGCACUGAAAGCCUGCGUUAUUGGGAUUGAUGAAGGACAGUUUUUUCCAGAUACAGUGGAAUUUUGUGAGGAGAUGGCCAAUGUAGGAAAAACUGUUAUUAUAGCUGCACUGGAUGGAACUUUCCAGAGGAAGCCAUUUGGAAACAUCCUGAACCUUGUGCCACUGGCAGAGAGUGUGGUGAAGCUUAAUGCAGUCUGCAUGCAGUGUUAUAAAGAAGCUGCAUAUACCAAGAGACUUGGUGCGGAGAAAGAGGUGGAAGUGAUAGGUGGAGCAGACAAAUAUCAGGCUGUAUGUAGAAAAUGUUAUGGUGGUCUGAUGGAGGAGAAAGAAAAUUACUUUUUCAAGAAUGAGACUCCACAACAAAUCCCCGUGGGAACGCAUCUUGACAGUGGAGUACCCAGGAAACUUUUCUCUUCCAUACAUCUGUGAAUAUAAUCACUUUACAAGACAUUCAGUUGUCAUUUUCUAAGUGUAAGUUGUGUGCAUUAGU